AUGAACACCCUUCCCAGCUCAAGCCCAGCUGAUUUCUUUAUUGCGGCUGGUACUGUCUCGGUAAUCCAUGCGGUCGAUGAAAACACAGUUGUCAAAGUCCGCCCCUCAUCAGGGGAUUUUGAAAUUCAGGCUUACGAUAUUGAAAUUCGCUGUUAUGAGCGACCUGGAAACCAUAAGCACAUCCCAUCCUGCGAAGUCACCGACAAAGGGCUCCUAUUGGAUCGCGGAACUUGUCUUCGGGGCAUGAUUCGGAGUGUCAGGGAGCCUGCCAUUCCUUGGGCUUUGAAGCUUCGGUGGGCGCUGGAAGCCGCGGAAGGUCUUGCGUAUAUUCAUAGCAAGGGAAUUGUUCAUGCUGACGUUGGCUGUCACAACAUCAUCGUGGAUAAUGCCAGACACAUCAAAUUUAUUGAUUUCGCUGGCUCCGGUAUCGAUGGCGAAGAUCCUUUAGUCUGCUAUGAAUGGUGCAGUUACCAGCCGGGUAAUGAAAUUGGCAUCUGUACGGAUAUAUUCGCUUUCGGGUCAAUGCUUUUCGAGCUUGAAACAGGGCGCGUUCCCUACAGCGAGCUGGAAAAGUCUCUUGAUAUGGGAAAGUUGAUGACGGUUGUCGAGGAGUUAUUCUCUGAGCAGAAAUUUCCAUAUGUGGACACUCUGUCUUUCGCGUCUGUUAUUUUGGGUUGUUGGAAUGGCAAAUACAACUCAAUGGUGGACGUCCAUCGAGAUAUUGCAUGUUGUUUUGAGAAUUGCUCCGAGUUGAAUGUGAAUCAGGCAACAUUGGACACUGAAUGA